CAGACUUGUGUUGCACUGCAGUUGUACGCGGUCCAGUGCAGUAGAUGGCGGUACAACACCUCACUGUUGCCCGUAUCACUGGACACGACACACUACUCUGGAGGCAGCACAUCUCCCGCAAACGAGGGAGCUAACGGAGGCUGCAGGAUGGCCAUCUCCACGCUCCAGUCCUUCAACGUCUUCCUCACGGAGAGGUUGACCGCGGCCGCGGGGGACAUCUACGGAUUCGUUGAGAAGACAAUCGUAGACUACCAGGAGGAGGUGUACCAAGCGAAGCUGGAGAACCAGCGGUUGCAGCGGCUGCUGGAUUUGGUCUACAAACCCGAGAUCAGGCUGCGCAGGGCAGAUGGCGAACAGCAGACUGCACUGAUUUCGGUGGAGGAGAUCACCCCUAAACUGGAGGAGUGUAGCCCGAGUGCGUGCCAGGACCAGCCGGGACCCUCCCGGGAGAAUGAGGAGCAGGAGGAGCACGGGGAGCAGAAGGAGGAACUCUGGAUCAAUGGGACGGAGGAGCAACCGGCCGCAGAGGACAGCGACGACGGGGACGCCUUGACGAAAGAACUCAUCAAAACAGUGCAGCAAUUGGAAGACUGUAGAGCAGCGGAGGAAGGCAGAGAGCCAGAGCAAACGCCUGCAGAGGAUCCAGAGCACUCUCAAGAGAAGACCAGUACCACCUUGUACCGAUGCCACGUAUGCAACUACAUAUUCACCAAAAAGUCAGUGCUUACAUGGCACCUCAAGACGCACGAAAGCAAGUCACAUGACGGCAAAGGGAACUUUGACUGUCACAUAUGUGGCAAACACAUCCCCUGUCAGAGCAACCUGCAGAACCACAUGAGAGUCCACACGGGAGAGAGACCCUACAGCUGCCAUUUCUGUGGCAAGUGUUUUAAACUGAAGGGACACAUGACGGAACAUAUAAGAACUCACACAGGAGAGAAGCCGUUCAGCUGUCACAUCUGUGGCAAAUCUUUCAACAGAGGUUCAACUUUGAGGAAACACGUUUUAGCCAAACAUAAAGAGGAGAGGCCGUACAAAUGUGGGGAUUGUGACGAGUUAUUUACCGAGAGGCUGCUGAUGAAGAGGCACAUGCGAAGAGUUCACGGAGUAAAAUUGUCCACCAGUCAAAGUCUUGCCUAGAACUUCGGAGCAGAAUGUGGAAUAAAGCUCGGUGUCUUUUUAAAGGUUUUGAUGCUAGCGCCAGUGAGUUUUGGUACCAAAAUGUUUUUCAAGAUGUUGCUGAAUAUUUUAAUGACAUUAUGCCACGUUCCUUUUUUUUCACAGAAAGCCUAAAUGUUAAAUGUUGUGUAACAUAAAUAACCUUACUUUGCUUGAAUAAAAUACCAUCAAGGAUUGAAUCAUUUGUUUCAAUGGGAUGUGUGAGAUAUAAACUUAUUGCCGCAAUGCAAAGUUUUCACUCACCUGGGAAGUGCGCCCAAACUAAAGUUUGGGAUAGUUUAGAUGUGACCUGCAUUUUGUUUGCACUGUGAGUAGCUGUGGGUUGUGAGUUGGCCACGUACCAUUUCCUCUCUGCUUAUAACUCGUGUUGAUUAUUAAUAUGCAGCAUGAAAUAAACUUUCAUGCUGCUGGAUUUAAAAAGACAAAUGAAAUGGCUGUGGUCCCUUUUAAAUUGAAUCUGCUCUAAACAUCUCUGUAAAUCGCAUUAAUGUGCACCAUAAUAACAUAUACAACUAGUGCUUAUGUUGUACUCUAAAGGUGUUUUAUUUAUUUAUAUAUAUUGUACAUAGUUGUACUUAUUUUUGUUUGCCAAAGUCAUAUUUGCAACCUGUUGUAAAACACCAUAUGUAAACACAAAAAUAUAAAACUAAAAAAAAGUCAGGUGUGACAAUAUAUGGGAAAAUGCA